AAACAUUCAUCGUCUCAGGAACGUAGGUGGGGUGCAACAUCAAUUAGCGCACUUACUCUUGCAACCGACGAGCGUAUAUCUGGAUUACAAAAACAUCAAUAAACCAUCGCCGAAGCCGACUAAAAAAUUGUAUACAUUUGGGAAGUCAAACAAUACUAUUGUUGUUUGCAGCAAUCAAAAUAAAUCUGAAGCAUUUUACAAAGCCACAAAGCGCACCAUCCAACUAACGUUUGUAGCAGUUAAACAACGAAAGUACAAACCAUUAGUGGAAAUGACAUUACCAAGUGCCGCUCGCGUGUACACAGAUGUGAAUGCGCACAAGCCAGAUGAAUAUUGGGACUACGAAAAUUAUGUCGUCGAUUGGGGAAAUCAAGACGAUUACCAAUUGGUCCGAAAACUCGGGCGUGGAAAGUAUUCAGAGGUGUUUGAGGCUAUUAAUAUUACGACCACAGAAAAAUGUGUUGUCAAAAUUCUAAAACCCGUGAAAAAGAAGAAGAUAAAGCGUGAAAUCAAAAUUCUGGAGAAUUUACGCGGGGGAACUAAUAUCAUAACACUGCUAGCAGUUGUUAAAGAUCCAGUGUCUCGCACCCCAGCGCUAAUCUUUGAACACGUCAAUAACACGGAUUUUAAACAACUUUACCAAACACUAACAGACUACGAGAUUCGCUACUAUUUGUUUGAGCUUUUGAAGGCGCUUGACUACUGUCACAGCAUGGGCAUAAUGCAUCGCGACGUAAAGCCACACAAUGUAAUGAUUGACCAUGAAAAUAGGAAGUUGCGUCUUAUAGAUUGGGGCCUUGCUGAGUUUUAUCAUCCAGGCCAAGAGUAUAAUGUGCGAGUGGCAUCGCGAUAUUUUAAAGGUCCCGAGCUACUUGUCGAUUACCAGAUGUACGACUAUUCACUAGAUAUGUGGUCCUUGGGUUGCAUGUUGGCGUCGAUGAUAUUUCGAAAAGAGCCGUUCUUCCAUGGUCAUGACAAUUAUGAUCAACUGGUACGCAUUGCAAAAGUGUUAGGCACUGAAGAGCUCUACGCAUAUUUAGAUAAAUACAAUAUUGACUUAGAUCCGCGAUUUCACGACAUUCUACAGCGUCACUCACGAAAGCGAUGGGAACGGUUUGUUCAUUCCGACAACCAACAUCUCGUUUCUCCCGAAGCAUUGGACUUUCUUGAUAAACUAUUGCGUUACGAUCAUGUAGAUCGACUUACCGCUCGCGAAGCUAUGGCUCACCCAUAUUUUGUACCCAUUGUGAAUGGACAAAUGAAUCCGAAUAAUCAGCAAUAGGAGGUCAAACAAAAUCUAAUAAAUAUGGAGUUGACGAGGUCGAGAUAUCAGCCAUUUAAC